AUGAAUUCCUUAUUUACUAUUCUUAAAGACAUGCAAAUAAAUGUGCCCCAAUCACAAUUGCAACAUUCUUUUGUUUUUUGUGGCCAAACUCAAAGUGGGAAAUCUACAAUCGUCUCCAAACUUACCUCUCAAUCUAUAUAGGAAUAGGCAGGUUUGAUUUACACACAAUAAAAGACCAACAUUAUUGGUUAUUAAGCAGUGCUUCAAUAUUUUGAGGUCUCUGGAUAGGCAUUUAAGCAAUUGCUGACUUUGCCAUUGAAUAAGCAAUCAUACUAAUAAUACAGUUAUAUCUUAGUGAUCGACUUAUCAGAUAACCCCCAUGAAAUCCUAAAUGUUUGCAAUACAGAAAUUAGAUAUAUCAAGGAAGAAACAGAAAAGAAGUUAUAGUAAUCUAUUGAUGUUGACACUUUUAAACAAUUGGAAUUAAAUAUCUAUGACAAGAUCAUGAUGCAUCACGACAAAAACAGAAUAAUUCCUUCAUAUGUUCCCAUUAUAAUUGUAGGAUGGAAAUAUGAUUUGUUCUCUAAAAAUUUAGACUAAGAAUCUAGAAAGUGGAUAACCCGAGGAUUGAGAUAUUUAGCACAUUCAAAUAAUUGUUCACUUGUGUUCGGAAGCAAUCAAGAUUAUCAAUUAGUCAAAUAGACUUUGUAAUACAAUGUAAAACCAUCAGCUCCAAUUUAUCAAUUUGAUCACUUAAAGUAAUUAUGCAUCACUCAACUAUCUGAUUCAAUUGAAAAUAUCAAUCUACCUCCUUCUGGAAACAAUCCUUUAGAUGGGUUCAAUAAAAUCAUCAAAGAUCAAAUAGUUGCUGUGGUAAAUAAUUAAAAAAAGAAAAAACAAUCCAAAAUAUCAGAAGAGGAUUGGGAUAACUAUAAAGAAGAAAAGAUUGAUAGGCUUAUCAAGUAAUUUGAAUUUUAAUAAAAAUAAACAACAAAGCAAGAAGAAACAGUAUUAAUUUGA